AUGGCGCCCAUGCAGCCGGAGAGUUUGUUCGCGCAGUUGACCACUGCACCACACGAUGAGGUCUUUGCUCUCAUGGGCACAUUCGCCGCAGACACGUUUCCAAACAAAGUGAGCCUGGGCGCUGGUGUAUACAGAGACAACGAUGCCAAAAGCUGGAGGCUACCGGCCGUGAAGAAGGUGAGUCAUUCUCCCUCAAGCACUCGUGCGGACAAAGGCUCAAGGGCACCACCCCAGGCAGAAGCACAGAUCCUCGAUGAUCCGACUUUCGAUCACGAAUAUCUCCCCAUUGCGGGCUACGCACCCUUUAUCGCUCUUGCUCGGGAUCUUGUGUUUGGAGCAGACUCGCCCCUAGAUACGGCCCAAAUCGCCAGCUUGCAAACCGUCUCAGGAACCGGCGCAAACCACAUCGGAGCGAGGUUUCUUGCAGACUUCCUCCCUCCCUUGGUGCACGGGAAGAAGCGAAAGGUCUGGAUUUCCGACCCAACAUGGGUCAACCACCACUUGAUCUGGGAGCUGGUCUCAUCAGGCACCACUGGAAGCCCCGUGGAGCGCCGCACAUACCCCUACUACCAUGCACCAACUCGAUCGCUGGAUUUUGAAGGCAUGAUGGCCGUGCUGGAAAAGGACGCCACCCGAGGAGACGUCGUUCUCCUCCACGCUUGCGCCCACAAUCCCACCGGAAUCGACCCGACCAGAGCGCAGUGGCUCAAGAUCGCAGACCUCUGCGAACGCAAGGGCCUGUUCCCCUUCUUCGAUUCGGCAUAUCAGGGAUUCGCGUCCGGCGACUUGAACAACGAUGCGUACGCCAUCCGCGAAUUCGCUUCUCGCGGUAUGGAGCUCUGCGUCGCGCAGAGUUUCAGCAAGAACCUGGGUGCGAGGAUCGCAGCAGCCGUGCUCGGCGACCCGACCCUUCGCGACGCCUGGAAGCAAGACCUCAUCACGAUGAGCAGCCGGAUCAAAUCCAUGCGACGGGCUCUGUACGAUGAACUCAAACGGCUCAAUACCCCGGGCACCUGGGAGCACAUCAUCAACCAGAUUGGCAUGUUCUCUUAUACGGGCCUGACCAAGGACCAGAUCCGUAUUCUGAAUCAAAAGUACCACAUCUACAUGCUGGACUCGGGCCGUAUCUCGAUUUCUGGACUGACUACCAGUAACGUCAAAUACGUCGCGCAGGCUUUUGACUCCGUUGUGCGAGAGUGUCCCGCGUCGACAGCCAACGGCAAAUCCCACCAUCCUUGA